AAUGGAAUGAUAACAAAUGUAAAGAAAUUUCGUGAAGAUAUAAGAGAGGUUAAAUAUACAAUGAAUCAUGUAAGAAAGAAUAAAAAAGCAUUACAAGCACAAUAAUAAUAAUAACCUUAAUCUACAAUAAGAACAUUACGUACAAUUAAGUCUUAAUCGUCUGCAAGGUUAUAAAGUGAGAAAGUUAUAAAACUGGAUGAAGAUGCUAAAGCAGAUUUAAAAUUAAGAGUUAUGAAGGCUUUGAGAAAUUUUAUGGAUAAAUUAAAAAGAUUUAAUAUCACAUUAGAAGAUGUGGUAAAUAAUUAAGUUUUUCCAACUUAAGCAUAUGAACGACCUAAUAGUGUUGAAUUCUUUAGAUAAGUCAAAGCUGAUAAUAUUAGAGAAAUUGAAAGUAUGUUAAGAGAUUGUAGAUUUCAUGUUUAUGAUAGAGAUAAUUAAUAAAAGACUGCAUUACAUCAUGCAGUGAACAUUAAUUCUAUUGAAGCUAUUAGAUUAUUAGUAGAAAAUGGAGCUGAUUUAGAUGCAAGAGAUAUGAGUAAUUUAAAUAUAUAUCUAUUAUUAGUGGGAAGAACACCAUUACAUAUUGCUGCAAAAAAUAACAAUUGUGAUACUGUUAGGACUUUAUUGGUUUAUUAAGCAAAUCCUUCAAUUAAAACUGUUGCUGGAAAAACUGCUUAAGAUCUGACUGAAAUGCCUGUUAUUAAAGCACUUGUUAAAAAUGCUAAAAAAGUAAUAAUUAUUAUCAAUUUAGUUACAUUUUAUGAUGAACUUAUAACCAAACAAUAAGAAAAAAGAUUUUUGGGUUGAAAAAGCUGUUCUAUAUUUUUAAGAAGAUGACCCAGAAAAAAUAUUAAAAUUAUAGCUUUAUAAGACUCAAGCUAAAUUAUUUUUAUAAUGA